UUACUACAGUUUAGAGAUUAUAAGAUCGUAUAAUGUUUAUUAAGGUCACUAUUUUUCUACUAUCAAUUAUAUUAGCAGCAAAUACAGCUCUGGGCCAAACUGACGAUGAUAAAAUUCUAAAAGAGUCAUACAAAAAUUGUGUAGAAUGGUCAAAUUCUCCUAAAAACCUUAUACCAACGAAUAACUUUUGGUACUAUAUGGGAAAAAACGGUAGUGACUAUGAAAGAAUAAUUACAUACUUCGGUAAUAAUCCAAGACAAAUUACAGGUCUAGAUUUAAAACAUUUUAGCGAACUUUUUAAAAUAAUAUGCACCGAACGUGGCGUUAGUGUAAAAGACUGGGCAGCAUCUAGAAAAGCUAAUGCGGAAAAAAAGACACUACAACAGGCUGCAGCGUUAGAACGGAAAGAAACUGACGACGGUUCUAUUAUUAGUUAUACUGUGUUGAACGAAAAAGAAAAAGAAAUUCUAAAAAAAUCGUACGACGACUGUAGAAGAUGGCUGAAUAAACCUCUAGAAAAUAAUAUUGGAAUUUCUGAAUUUUGUAGUUACAUGGGAUUAAAUAGAUAUGAUAAUGUAAUAGAUAAUUUCUUAGAAAAGAAUCGAGAUGCCCAUGCAAGAAUGAAUGAACACUACGUUACCAACCCUGGGUUAACUCUAGCUCCUAUAGAUAUACAAAUAUAUUCUGGACUUUUCAAAUACAUAUGCGACACAAAGGGCGUUUUUGUAAAACACUUGGUAGCACAAAGAAAAAUUAAAGCAGGCAAAAGGGAUCUAGCUAAGUAUUUGUCGUUAUCUCCAGAGAAACGUGAUUAGCUCGUCAAAAACAAAGGUCACAAGAAGGCAAAACAGUUAAUAUUU